UUGCUCCCAAGGGCCCGAAGAUCACGAUGACCCCGACGAGAGCCCGCGUCGGAGACACCGUACGGAUCUUGGUGCAGGGCUUCCAGAACGAAGUCUUCCCUGAGCCCCUCUUCACCUGGACACGGGUGGGGAGCCGGCUCCUCGACGGCAGCGCCGAGCACGACGGCAAGGAGCUGGUGCUGGAGCGGGUGCCGGCCGAGCUCAACGGCUCCAUGUACCGCUGCACCGCCCAGAACCCCCUGGGCUCCACCGACACCCACACCCGGCUCAUCGUUUUUGAAAACCCAAAUAUCCCCAGAGGAACAGAGGACUCCAAUG